AUGUCGUCGGGCGGCGGUGGAGGGCAGCAGUUCCGCUACACGCAGACGCCGUCCAAGGUGCUGCACCUGCGGAACCUUCCGUGGGAGUGCGCGGAAGAGGAGCUCGUCGAGCUCUGCAAGCCCUUCGGCCGCAUCGUCAACACCAAGAGCGGCGUCGGCGCCAACCGCAACCAGGCCUUCGUCGAGUUCACUGACGUUAAUCAGGCAAUCUCGAUGGUUUCUUACUUUGCAUCAUCUUCAGAACCAGCACAAAUCCGAGGCAAGACUGUUUACAUUCAGUAUUCAAAUAGGCAAGAAAUAAUUAACAACAAGAGUCCUGGAGAGACGGCUGGAAAUGUCUUGCUUGUUACUAUGGAGGGUGUUCAAGCUAGUGAUGUCACCAUUGAUGUGAUCCAUAUGGUUUUCUCGGCUUUUGGGUAUGUUCAUAAAAUAGCCACCUUUGAAAAGGCUGCAGGUUUUCAGGCGUUGAUCCAGUACACUGAUGCAGCCACUGCUUCAGCUGCUAGAGACGCCUUAGAUGGAAGGAGCAUCCCAAGUUACUUGCUUCCAGAGCAUGUGACAUCCUGCUGCCUGCGAAUUUCCUUUUCUGCACAUCAGGAUUUGAACAUCAAGUUUCAGUCAAACCGCAGCAGGGAUUAUAAUAAUCCGUAUCUUCCAAUUAAUUAUUCUGCCAUGGAUGGUACAUUACAGCCUGCUGUUGGAGCUGACGGAAGGAAAGUGGAGGCUCAAGGCAAUGUUCUUCUUGCAUCAAUUGAGAAUAUGCAAUAUGCUGUUACUGUAGACGUUCUACAUACUGUGUUCUCAUCAUUUGGUACAGUCCAGAAAAUUGCUAUUUUUGAGAAGAAUGGGGGAACACAAGCUUUGAUUCAGUACCCUGAUGUAAAUACAGCUGCUGUAGCGAAGGAAGCAUUGGAAGGGCAUUGCAUCUAUGAUGGUGGCUACUGUAAGCUUCACCUGUCAUACUCUCGUCAUACUGAUCUGAAUGUGAAGGCACAUGGUGACAAGAGCAGAGAUUAUACAAUUCCAGCUGGCAUAAUCCAAGGGGUGCUGCAGCCACCUGGUGUACAAGCUACAUCCUCUGGGUGGCAAGGUAACCUUCAAGCAGCUGGGGCAUAUGCCCCACCCGGUGCCCCUGCUCAAAGCCACAAUGCCAAUGGACAAGUGCCGAACUGGAAUCCCGGCAACUCAGUGUAUCCCCCAGCCCCAGGAACAUAUCCAGGCCAGAUGUACUCAUCUCCAUCGCAGUAUGCAACACCAGGGGGCUUCCCUAAUACCCCAUCCACCACUCCGCCGCAGUAUGCAACGUCAGGGGGCUUCCCUAAUACCCCAUCCACUGCUCCGCCACAGUAUGCAGCAUCAGGGGGCUUCCCUAACACCCCAACCGGUGCCCCUCCUGGUGCUCUGCCACAACAGUUGCACGCUUCGCAGCAGAUGCCGCCUCAGCAUGAAAAUCAGUCACGAGGCACACCUGGAACUAGCCAACCACCACCACCAGCAUCAUACUACCGUUAA